AUGUUUCCCUCGACGCAUCACCACAAAAAUGUUGACAAAAAUUGUACUAAGCCUGUUCCUUUAGCAUCUCGUCCCAGUGAAGAGGAACUGAUUAAGAUCUUCAAUCGUUACGACACCAAUAGAGAUGGUUACCUCAGCUGGGAGGAGCUUAAAAGUGCUUACAACAUCCUAGGUAUGUCUUUCCCCAGUCUUAGAGCUUGGAGGGCACUCUAUGUUGCCGAUGAAAAUGGAGAUGGAUACAUCAGUCAGGAAGAGUUUAAAAAACUAGUGAGGAAAACCAGUUUCCACAAUUUGCUCGAGUAG